AUCAACUUAUCUCCUCUCUUGUGUACAUCACCCCCAACUUCUUCCUAAACUUUCCACCUCCACCUUUCUUCCAUCAACACCCCACACUCUUCCACAUCCGUGUCAGCUUUCAUUGCUUUUGCACAGACACCUUCAAUUCUAUCUUGACAACUCAAUCCCUCUCACACCAACCUCACUAUACCUACUCCAUCGAUCAAUUGAUCAUCAUGGCUCCUUACGAGAAGAAGUCCAUACAUUUCGGUGGUGGGGCUAUCGGCCGUGGCUUUGUUGGAGAGUUCCUCCACAACUCCGGCUAUGAGGUCGUCUUCGUCGAUGUCAUGGACAGCAUCAUCGAUUCCCUCAACAAGAACCCCUCCUACACCGUCACGGAGAUCGGCGACGAUGGAACCCGCGAGUUUACCAUCGAUCACUACCGCGCCAUCAACAGCAAGCAUGAUGAGGCCAAGGUGAUCGAGGAGAUCGCCACCGCUGAUACCGUCACCUGUGCCGUCGGCCCCAACGUCAUGCGGUUCAUCGGCCCCGUCAUCGCCAAAGGCAUCGAAGCCCGCAAGCUCGACUACCCCCUCGCCGUCGUCGCGUGCGAGAACAUGAUCGGCGCCACCGAUGCCCUCGCCGGCUUCAUCAAGGAGAAGCUCAGCGCAGACACCCUCAAGACGAUCGACACUAAGGCGCGCUUCGCCAACAGCGCCAUCGACCGCAUCGUCCCGCAGCAGGACCCCGCCGCCGGCCCGCUCGACGUGAAGAUCGAAAAGUUCCACGAAUGGUGCAUCGAGACCCCCCCCUUCGACGGCGUCGGCCACCCCCAGAUCGAAGGCGUCCACUUCGUCAAGGACCUCAAGCCCUUCAUCGAACGCAAGCUCUUCACCGUCAACACCGCGCACGCCACCGCCGCCUACUACGGCUACGCCCGUGGCAAGGCGCUCAUCCACGAGGCCGUCGCCGACCCGGAGAUCCAGGCCAUCGUCCGCUCCGUCGUCAAGGAGACCGCCAGCCUCAUCGUCAAGAAGCACGGCGUCGCCCCCGCCGACCAGGACGCCUACAUCGAGGCCAUCAUCAAGCGCAUCUCCAACCCCGCCCUCGAGGACAAGGUCGAGCGCGUGGGCCGCGCCCCGCUGCGCAAGAUCAGCCGCAACGAACGCUUCGUCGGCCCCGCCUCCCAGCUCGCCGAGGCGAACAUGGACUGCUCCCACCUCGUCGCCGCCAUUGAGUGGGCCCUGCGCUUCCAGAACGUCGAGGGCGACGAGGAGAGCAAGGAGCUCGCGAAGAAGCUGGCCGCCGGCACACCGGAGGGGUUGGCAACAGAGCUGUGCGGUCUGGAGGCCACGCAUCCGCUGUUCGACCGCGUCGUGGCCGUCAUCAAGAAGGUGAAGGAGUCCCCGUAACUGCGGACGCGGACGGAUCCCCAGUACGUCGGAGCACGGAAUGCGGGGAUCGCAUCAUGAGGAUUAUGGAUACGGCGAAAUUGAUGGAUGACAGCGCACAAGCGAAGGUUGAACUUUUUCAUUUUUUUUCAUGAGCACCAUGAACAGUAUGGAGCAAGAUUACCGACUUUCCGGUUUUCUAUUUGAGUCUCCAAUAAAAAUUCCACAGAAGGC